AAAAAUCUAUUCCUACUACUACUACAAGUAAGCUGAAGCAGAAGCUCCUCCCACAACUGAGUUGUUAACUAGAACAACGUGCCAAGAUUGAAUUUUAAUCUUUUAUCCAUUUUUUAUUCUUAAAGCCUCUAAGUAUCCUAGUUUUCAGUGCUCGGAAAGUGAGAAAAGCUUAUAAGAAUGGGGAAGAAAAGGAAGAUGGGAGUUGCAACGGAAGAUAUCCCAAAGUCUCAGUUGAAAAAGUAUAAGAAUAACGAACUUGAGUCAGCAUUGCUUGAUCCAACGGAUCGGAACUAUAUUUAUGAUGAGAUAAAUGACUUUGAAGAUAACCGAGAUCUUGUUUCUCUUGAAACAGCAAAGAAAUUAAUGGAAAGGAGAGGACCUUCAAGGGAACAGGUAUUAGGUAUCGAUGGAAGCUCAUCAGAUGAUGAUGAUGAUGAGGAGGAGGAGGAUGAUGAAUUAUCCAAAGAUAGUGAAGACGAAGAGGAAGAUGAUCCUGAUCAGCUAUACAUGGAAGAUGAUAUUGUUGACACCCCUAAGAAUGAAAUGCCUGAUGAACGAGCAUGGGGCAAGAAAAAGCAUCGUUACUUUGGCACCGAUACAGCUGACGAGAAAAUUAAAUGGAACGUACUCAAUCAGGAUGAGGAAGUGGCUCAGCUUGAAGAAGAAACAGCCAGGAAGCUACAGGAACGAAUGGCUGCUGAACUAAAGGACUUGGUGUCAGAUGACCUUAUUCUUCAGGCUGAUGAUAAGGAUGAGAAGAAAGAGCCUAUAUCAGAUUUGGUUGAAGCUGAUGUUUCAUCUCUCUCCCGCUCAAGAAAGUUGCAACUGUUGAAAAGGGAAUCCCCAGAGUUUUUACCUCUUAUUGAAGACCUUAAAAGCAAGUGUGAAGAGCUUAAGUGCAUCCUGGGUCCACUGAUGGAAAAAGUAGGAACAGGAAAAAUUCCUGAUGGUCCUGUGAAGCAGUAUGUUACAACAAAGUACCGAUUAGUUCUGAAUUAUGUGACGACAAUUAGCAUGUACAUGUUGGUGAAGUGCAGCACAAAAAAUGUGAGGGACCACCCUGUGAUUGGCAGACUGGCGCAGUAUCGACAGUUGCUAAAGGAAUUGGAACCUUGUGACAACAAAUUAGCUUCACACCUUGGACAACUUCUAAGUGAUGCCUCUGAAGAGGAAGAUAUAGUUGAUAAUAAAAAGAAAAAGAAGGAUAAGACCAGUAAACCGAAGAGUAAACCCAAGAAGUUACAAAUCUUAAACAAGAGUAAGUCUGCCAAGCUUGAAGAGAAGAAAAGACUAAUGGCUUUACUCAAAGAACCAGCUCAGGAAACAUUGGUAAAAGCUAGGAGAGAGGCAGAAGAGGCAUUGGAUAAUGCAGUGGAUCCCAGCAGUGAUGAAGAGCAUUAUGAGCAAGAAAACCCUGAGCCUGAAAAGCAUGCAUUGGAUGCUGAUGAGAAGCGUGCUAUAGGUUACACAAUAGCCAAGAAUAAGGGUCUUACACCAUAUCGUAACAAGGACCAGCGGAACCCAAGAGUAAGAUACAGAAACAAGUAUACAAAGACGUUGAAGAGGAGAAAGAGUCAGGUACAAAAUGUGAGGAAGGAGGUCAGCCGUUAUGAGGGAGAAAUGACUGGCAUUAAGUCUCAUACAAUCAGAAGUAUCAAGAUAAAAUCAUAAUGCUUUUGUUCAACACUUUUAUUACACGGUAAUAAAAUUUGUAUUGGUCAGAA